AUGAACUUUCCCGCUCCUCAAGCAAGCGCCGUCAACUCCUCUCCCCUCAACCCCAACUCCAACUCGACCAACAACACCGCCGCGCAAAACGUCGGUCAGCAGCAGCAACAGCUCCAAUUCCCCCCCUCGCGGCUCCAAUACCACCACCCACAACAACAGCAACAGCAGCAGCAGCAGCAGCCGCAGCCACAACACCACUACGGCCCGCCUGCCCCGUCCUCCCCGAGCCCCCUCUCGCCCGCCCAGCAAGCACUCGCCCACGCCCAGUACCAGCAGCUCGUCCUCAUGAACGGAAUGAACGGCGGCAACAUGGCCGCGGGCGGCGGUAUCGGCGGCGGCGUGCCCACCCCGGCAGGCCAGCAGGCCGAGCUCAACUACAUCUACGGCAUGGUCGAGGAGCUCAGCCGGCAGCUCGCGGAGAACCGUCGCGUGACGGAAGACAUCGUGUCCGGCCUCGGCAGGGUGCGCAACCGCGCGAGGAACCAGGGAACGAACAACGACGAGCUGAUCCACAGCGCUGCUGACGACAUCCACGCCCAAGAACAGAACCUCGACACGUUGAUAUCCAUUCUCUCCGAGUCCCUCGAAAAGGCAAAGUACAGCCGCGACGCCAACGCCACCCUCCUCUCACAAUACGCGACCGUCCUGGCCGCGAUGCUCAAGCAGUUCCACGAGUACAAAGCCAAGCACGUCACGGACGUCGCCUCCUGGCACCGAUCGUACCGCUCCCAGCUCGCCGAGGCACGCGCGGAGAACAGCAGGCUGAGGGAGCAGAUCUGGGAGAUGCAGGAGCGCGCCGGCAAGGCCAACGAGCUGCUGCGCACGUUCCGCCGCAAGUACGACGAGGACGAGGCGAGGUGGGACCGCCGCGUGGAGGACGUCGCCGCGCGUCAGGAGCUGCGCUUCUGGAAGCGGAUGGCCAUGCCCGAGGUCGGCGACGAGGACCCCUGCUGGAGCGACGACGACGACCUGAUCGACUCUGCCGAGAAGGAACGCCUGAAGGAGCUGGAGGUGAGGGCUGCGCAAGAACAGCUCGCCGGCAGCCAGCAGAUGGGCGACGAGUACUCGCGGCCGCAGUCUCCCGAGAGCGCCAUGAUGGGCAGCGUACCGAUGCAGAGAGACUUGGGGGUUCCGAUGGGCAUGCCGGUGCCGCCGCCGCGGCCCUCCAGCGCGACUUCAAGCACCGGCUCCUCUGGCCAGUAA